AUGGUCGUCCAGCACGCGCACACAUCGCAGACAACGCCCGCCUCGCUGCCGCCGUCGGUCUUCACGCUCCCCCAGACCGCCCAGCUCGAGGCGCUUUACACUAUCAUCCGCGACAAGACGACGAGCCGCGGCGACUUCCUCUUCUACUCGGAUCGCAUCAUCCGCCUCCUCGUCGAGGAAGGUCUGAACCACCUCCCGGUCAUUCCCAAGACCGUCGAGACGCCCACGGGUGCGACGUACGAAGGCGUCGGGUUCGAAGGCAAAAUAUGCGGCGUGUCUAUUCUGCGCGCUGGAGAGGCAAUGGAAGCCGGCCUGAGGGAGGUGUGCAGGAGCGUCCGGAUUGGCAAGAUCUUAAUUCAGAGGGAUGAGGAGACGGCGCAGCCAAAGCUGUUCUAUUCUAAGCUUCCGCAAGAUAUCAAGCAGCGGUACGUACUACUGCUGGAUCCCAUGCUCGCUACCGGAGGGUCGGCCAUGAAGGCGGUGGAAGUGAUCAUGGAGCAGGGUGUGCCAGAAGAACGCAUAAUAUUCAUUAACCUGAUCGCGUCGCCCGAGGGCCUGCGGGCGUUCUGCACGAGAUAUCCGACGCUGCGCGUGAUCACCGGGUGGAUUGAUGAAGGGCUGAAUGAGAAGGCGUACAUCGUCCCCGGGCUUGGCGACUUCGGUGAGAGAAGAUACUGCUCCUGA